GACGAACCCGAACCCGACGGCGGCGGAGCGGCGGAGCGGCGCGCGCUGGAAAGAGCUCCUGCAGACCCAUAUGUAAGAGCUCCCCGGUCCUGUGGACAGGAAGACAACAUGGCCUCCGACUCUCCGCCCAGGAACCCCCUGAGUGGCCUCACGGACAGGAGCGGGAGCUUCUUUAAGCUGAUUGAUACAUUUGCGUUGGAGAUUGGGGAGCUGAAGAGAGAGAUGGUCCAGACCUCUACGACAGCCAACAGAGAGCCCAUGGAUCUACGAGGGCUGGAGGGUGAGGUGAGCGGCGUUUACCUGCAGUCCCCCCACUGUGGCGGGCAGGGGGGCGAGAGGGAUUCCGGAUACGACUCGUUGCGAAGGAGGAUGAGCGUGUUGGACAGGCUGAGUCGAACCCAUCCGGUGUGGCUGCUGCUGGCUGUCAGUGAAGAGGAGGCCAGUCGCAUUCUGCUCCGGCAGCCCCCUGGGGUUUUCCUGGUCAGGAAGUCAGCCGCGCUGCAGAGAAAGGUUCUGUCUGUGCGUCUGUUGGAGGAUCCGUCGGGAACUCCCAUCAGCCACUUCCCCGUCAGAGAGAGCCAGUACACCUUUUCUCUCGAGGAAUCUGGGAUCAGCUUUGCAGAUCUGUUUCGCCUGGUGGCCUUCUACUGUAUUAGCAGGGAUGUCCUGCCUUUCACACUCAAACUCCCAGAGGCCAUUGCAUCGGCUAAGACUCAGAAAGAACUGGAGGAGGUGGCCCAGCUGGGAGCAGGCUUCUGGGACUCUGCCCUGUGCAGUCAGCGGCGCCCUUCCCCCCGUCCCUGUCGCCCUCUGAGCCGUACCCUCAGCCCCCAGGGGACUAACAGGAACAGGGAGGUCCAGGCGUCACGGCUGAGGCACACCGGGGCUCACUGCGACAGUGCACCUCCGACCCUGAGGUCCGGCGCUCCUCCACCUUCCUUUCAUCUUGAGAGAAGACAUUCCAGUGGUCCCCUGUGCUUUGUCAACCCCCUAUUUCUCCAGACUCACCACCACCACCACCGGCGUGAGGACGACCCAGCUUCACAUGCUGUCAGGUCCGGUAGCAAACUAGAGAAUGCGGCGAGACCGUCCGUGAAGCCGAUCAGCAGCAGCCAAGGGAGCGAGCAGCACGUUGACAAGACCAAACUGAGCGGCAAAUCGCGGCCACCUCCCCCACGCCCUCCUCCCCCCCGCUCGAUGCCGCGCCGGCGCCCUGCUCCACCACCACCUGGACCUCCAGCUGCUACCACCAGACCCAAGAGCAUGCCAGAGGCUGUUGCUUUGUCUACAAAACAGCAACCGUCCAUCCGCAGGCGGCCGGCUCCCGCUCGACCUUCAAUGGGUGCCAAGCAUAGCAGCCCUUCCAAAACUGCCAGCUCACCAGUCCCUGCGCCCUCAAACCCCCCACCUCCAAGGCCAAAGAAGCCGGAUCUGGAAGCUCACCGCUGCCACAUUGCCCUGGAUGAUGAGACCAUUGCCAAAGCUCUGUCCCAGGCCAAGCUUCCACCCUGCCAGCCUCCACCUGCUGUCCCUGCUGUUGUGCUACUGGAGAAGAACGCUGGGAGUCUGUCCGCUUCUAAGGAGCGGGGACGCCAGCGGCUCAGUGACAUGAGCAUGUCCACUUCCUCCUCUGACUCACUGGACUAUUCUCAGUCUCCUGGAUUCUCCCUGGGCCUGGCCCCUAGUCCAUCCCGACACCUCACUCAUCAAGACCCAGUGGAGGACAGCAGUGAAGACGAUGAGGACAAGGAAGAAGACGAGGAGGAGGACUACGGGGUCGGUCUGGAGACAGACCUAGAAAUGCGCCACCGUCCGUCCUUCAAAGCACGGAGUCGAAGGGUCGGCGUUACUCUGAGCGGUGGCUCCUUCAUCCUCCCAAGGGCCCUGAAGGGACGCUUCCUUAAGGUGAGCGGCAUGCUCAGCUCCCUCAUGACCCCCGAGAGACGGGCGGUGAAAAGGAUCGCUGAGCUGUCCAGGGACAAAAGCUCAUAUUUUGGCUCCCUGGUCCAGGACUACAUCAGCUUUGUUCAGGAGAACCGAGGCUGUCACACCUCAGGGAUGGAUUUUCUGCAGACUCUAAGGCAGUUUAUGACACAGAUGAAGGCUUACCUGCACCAGAGCUCCGAACUGGACCCCCCUAUCGAGUCACUCAUACCGGAGGACCAGAUUGACCAGGUGCUGGAGAAGGCCAUGCACAAGUGUGUCCUAAAGCCUCUGAGGAGUGUGAUCGAGAAUGCUUUACAUGACUUCCAGGUGAGCAGCGGCGCUUUGCAGCAGCUGAGGGAGAACCUGGCCCUGGCUAAGGCCAAGAGGCCGCAGGAGUUAGGGGUGGACGGAGCCGUGCCUCCCGGCCCCGAGGCUAUCGAGAAGAUCCGCCACAAGUUCCUGAACAUGAGGAAGAUGUACUCCCCCGAGAAAAAGGUGUCAUUGCUGCUGCGUGUGUGUAAACUCAUCUACACCAUCAUGCAGGAUAACUCAGGGAGGAUGUUCGGUGCGGACGACUUCCUGCCCAUGCUGACGUAUGUGGUGGCUCAGUGUGACAUGCCUCAGCUGGACACAGAGAUCCAGUACAUGAUGGAGCUGCUGGACCCGGCACUGCUGCAAGGAGAAGGGGGCUACUACCUGACCAGCGCCUACGGAGCCAUGGCCCUCAUCAAGAACUUCCAGGAGGAGCAGGCGGCACGGGUGCUGAGCUCUGAGGCCAGGAACACUCUGCACCAGUGGCACAGACGGCGCACCACCCAGCGGUCAGCGCCGUCUGUGGACGACUUUCAGAACUUUCUCCGUGUAGCUCUGGAGGAAGAGGACACAGGCUGCACGGCCAAAACCCUGAUCGUCCACCCGUACACAACCACGGAGGAGAUGUGCUCACUCUGCGCUUACAAGUUCAAGAUCCCGGACCCUGACACCUUCGCACUGUUUCUGGUCACCAAAGACAGCAGCCAGCAGCUGGCCCCGGACACACACCCUCAGCGGAUCAAAGCCGAGCUCCACGGCCGGCCCCGGGCCCAGGUCUUCCACUUUAUCUACAAGAGGGUAACGAACCUCAACCUCCGUGUGCCUGCCAUCAUCAUGCACAAUGGAAACUGCCUUCAAAUUGAAUAGAGAUGGACAUUUUCACAGCGUGCUGCGCUGGAUCCGAAGCAAUACUUUGGUGUUAUUAUGGUGGCGUAUGUAGAUUCCGUAGAUAGUUUUGAGGACGGCCCAAUGGAAAGAGAAACCAAGCUGUAUAUUGGCACAUUGAUGCAGGUAUAACACAUAUGAUGCAAGGCAAAUAAGGUGGGUUAACUUAUGAGGAACCACCGAGGGGUAGGAGCAAGACUGUGGCUCAGUUUGGGUCAAAAGGAAUGUGAAGUAGGUCAGGUGGUGUCAGAUGGUGUGUAGAGGCUGGUUUGCAGGAUUUGGAGCAUGUGAAGUAUCAUAAUGGAGGCGGAAGGUUUCUUGAACAUGUAUGCUGUCCUUAAAGAGUUCAUACAGUUUAAUAUUGCAUUUUAUGUAACCAACUUUUGCCUUAACUGCUGUUGUCUCGGGUGCCUUCGAAAGGAAUCAAACAUACUCCAGUAUGUUGCUACUGAAAGCUUUUAGCCAUCAUCCAGGGAUUCUUCAGCUUUCAUCAAAAUGAAUAAGUCAAAUUAACUAUUGGAAAGGUUAUUGUUUUGUAUUGCUCUUGUGUAUAUUUUCUGCAAUUGCUGGUCAAUUGUAACUUGUAUGUCCGUGUAGAAAUAUUUUUAUAUUCAAAUUUUCCGUCGCUAAAGAUUUGUAUUCUGAUUUAAUAUUUCUGUACAGGACUCGACAGUGGAUUUGCGAUUUUAUGCCAGUUAUAUCUCAAAAGUCCAUUUAAAACGACACUGUUUCUAUAAUUUGUUCUGGAGAGCUCAACGCUGACUGGAAAUAUAUACAAUCCUCUCCAAACAUAAUAUUAUUUAAUUUUUUUAUAUUUUGUGAGUAAGUGUCCAUUUUGGACAGCACAGCAACUGUAGGAUUUGAGUAGAUCUUUAGGAUGUAAUCCACAUGCAACACAUACUUCCAUAAGUCACACACAUUUCCAUCCACAGACAGGAAACUGAUUUCAAAUGAUUGGCAGAGCCUACAGGGCUCCGAAGGGUUUAACUUAAGGGAAUAUUUUGGAGCGUCUUUGUGGGUUGAUGUAUAAAAUCAAAUGAACCAUU